UGUCGACUUGCCUCAUAUUGUGAGAAUGCCUCUCGUUGCGUUGUUGCCUGCCUGUACAUGAGUUACAUGAAAUCUUCUCAGGACUUCUUAGACUCUACCAAAGGCUACUCUGAUGGGCAGUGAUGGAGUAUGAAUGAAAGCGUUUGUUUAAGGGAAGGACCCAGAUACCACGAGCCACAAGUCAUGCCUGUGUUGUGAAGAAGUGUGUGACUGUGUGUGUGAUCUUAUGGUGCAACCAUGGCAAGAGCAGCACUGACUAAACUUCUGGUCCUCGUGAUCCUCACCUUUAUCAUCUGUCUCCCAGAAUUCUUCUCCUUAUACAGAGAAUCCAAAGUUAACUUCCUCUGUCUGCCCUACCGACCCUGUAAACGAGGCAAUCAGGGGAAGAAGGGGGAGAAUGGGAAGAUCGGGGACUCUGACAUUGAGAGAACGGACAUGUGUGACCCUUAUCAGACUGGAGAAUGGGAAAAGUGGGAGCAGGCCUGCACAGAGGGGAAUCACAGCCACAUGACAGAUCCUGCAUCAGACUCCAGGAGAAGCAGCAAUGAUUCAGAAAAGAGCUGGUUCAUGUGUCAGACAGAUACUGACAUGGCAAAGUUUCAUCAUAACAUCUCAUUUUCAGGCAGAGCACUAAAUGUACAUCUGGAGGUGUCAGUAGAGCUUCAACUCGAUGAUGCAGAUACCCUGAAUCUUACCUUGUAUGGGCACAGUAAUUACAGCUUCUUGGACCUCCACCCACCUGAGGAGCAGGGGGAAGAGGAGGGUGAAAAGGGUGGCGAAGGACAGAAGGCAUUUUACUGCUGUCUUCCCGUCCUGCCUGCCUCUGAGUCAGCCAAUCCAAGCCGCUGUCUCCUUUGGUUCGCCAAUCAAACUGUUUCGAUCGCAACAGCAAAGGAAAAGCUGCCAUGGAAACGGACACAGAAAGGUGAGUGGCGGUGUAUAGUCAGGGUGCUCUGGCUGGCUCUGCUGUGUGUGGUGCUCCUGACUGUAGUUACAACUGUGCUCGGGCAAAUCUACUUGAAACACUCAUGCAAAAAGCCCAUGGUGUCCCCCGUGAACAGCAUCACUGGUCAGCAGUUACAUGUAGAUGGAGAGAAGCACACAGAAAUCAUCACCCCCAGAGGUGCAGUCCUUCACUUCUAUCGGUCCCGGCCUUGGUCAGAACUGUCACCCAUUCAAGAAUGUAAAUCUCAAGAGGACAUAGAAACUCUGCUGGAUGGAAGCGCCGACCACUGCCAUGCUGCAAAUCUGCAUCAUCGUGGCCAUCCAUCCACCUCGUCCAUCACAGAGGAGGAGCAAGAGGAGAAGAGCACAGAAAUGGACAUAUAGUGAAAAAGUAAAAUGACUGCUUCACUUACUAGCUGCCUUUAUGUUGAAAAUAUAACAUCUGAGACACAAGAAAAUGGUUAAAACAUAUUUAUUUUCAACGUCUCAUCCUCAAACAGUCUCAGGGCGCUUUAUCAGAAGGCAGGCUUAACACAUUAGUAAACUGUCAAAAGUUAAACAACUUGGCCUCCAAACAUUUUCCAACUCGCAUUACAAAUCAUUUUGUAUUCUACGGAAGAAGCACAGAUAAACAGCCUUCCUCCAUCUGGCUAUAGCUGAAAGGAGCCAAACCAUUACGGCAGGAAUGACUAAUAUUUUCUUUGCUUAAUGGCUUUCUUGUCAGUAUUAGUGCAUCUCUAAAAGGGGAGAGGGGAGAAGUAAAGAAGGGAAAGAGAGCACUUCUUCACAUCUUACAGAGGUCUGAAUAACUGUGGGCUGGAAGCUAAGAGUCAAUCUAACACUGGAUAUUAAAAAACAGAUGCACUGUGAGCACCUCAGGAUUGCUGCUGAAACUCCACAGGUGGUCAAAGAAAAGGGGGGAAAAAUAAAAGUGGAAAAUUGAUGAUAUAUUUUACUCUGGGGAUCAAGAAGUGUAUAAAUCCAGAGAUCCUGGCCAAACAAUAUUAAAAGCCUUUAUUCAAGAGGGCAAGAGAAAAUUAAAACACACCGACAUGCUUUGGCUAAUGCCUGCUUCAAGUUGAGAAAUAUGAUUUUUUCUUUUUCCUAAAAUGUCAAACUGUUCUUUAAAGUACAGCAGCCCAACUAAACAAAAUCAGAGAUGAAUUCACCUACACUCUUUAAUGUACACAAGAAGCGAGAAGGAGAACGAAAUGUUUUCUCAUUCAAAGUAUGAAGAUCUGUUUUUUCUUUCAAAUCAAACUGGAUAAAAGUGAAAUAUAAGGUAGUGUUGCUUUAUAUAAUUUAACAAAACAAAACAAAAAAGAGAAGCAAAAAUUGUGGUGUAUCAUCAUCACUAAUACUGGCAUUUAGUCUCAAACCAGAAUAAAAUUCAGUAAAACAGA